GAGGGUGUUUGGAUUUUUUCUUUUUAUUUUAUUAACAAGAUCGUCUAUGCUCUAGAAUGCCUUGCAAGUGGGAACAUCUGAAAAUAGCUAGGACAGAGGAAUGCCUUGUCCCAGCAAGUAGGCAGCCUGUGGAAAGCAUGGUGGAGAAGGUGUUCAGCUUGCUGUGCUGAGGAGUGCUUCUAACUUUGGUGCCAGUAUCAUUUACGUAGUAUUUCCUUCCCUCUGCAGUUGACCCAAGAUACUCCUGGUAAAGUAAAGGUCUCUCUCAUCACCUCUGGGCCAUUAAAGGUGUUGAAAAUCCAGUUCUCUGGAGGAACACCAAUUCAUUUGUACCUCAAGCUCCAGUGCUGGAUCAAAAGGAAUUGCAAAAGCUACACACUUGCUGCUUGCUUGGUUGUCCAGGCCUUGCUAACAUUUUUCUAAGGGUGGGAUGUCUAUUGGUUGUUAUUGUUUUUUUCCACGGUGUAUUCUUGAGUUCUACUAACUUUCUUUCUCCUUCUAAGAGAAAAGUCCAUUUGAUUACAAGAGAAAUAUUAAGAGGAGGCUUUGAUUCUGUGUUUUCUCUUUAGCCCAGACUUCUUAGGUUCGAGAUAAAGUAGAACGACAAUGGCCCUUCCAUCCAUAGCAAAGGGGCCAAUUCAUCAUAUCGUUCAGUUUCCAGUAGACUCAUGGGAUAACUUCUCCACAGGAUGUUUUAUCUGCAGGGAUUUACACUCAGAGAUGAGUGGCAUUAUCUGCUGUUUAGCCACAUCGUCUCUGCACACUCAUUUUAAGCUGCUGUUUGGUAAAGUCUUCAUAUUCAUUUUCAAGGAAGCACUGAAGGCUCUGCUGAGUGAGUCUGCAACUACCCAGCCAAGUCUCGGGUGGGAAGACAUCCUGAAACUUCCUAUGUCUGUAUUUCAGGGAGAUCUGACGGGCUGGAUUCCCAAUUGCUCUUUUUAAAAAAUCUUGGAAACUUUGUCCUUCGCUGAAUUACGACACUGUCCACCUUUAAUUUCCUCGAAAACUCCAAUAACUCGGCUGAAGCUUCAGUACCUUUAUGGACAACUACAGCACAGGCUACGACGUCAAGCCACCUUGCUUGUACCAAAUGCCCCUGUCCGGACAGCAGUCCUCCAUUAAGGUAGAAGAUAUUCAGAUGCACAACUACCAGCAACACAGCCACCUGCCCCCUCAGUCCGAGGAGAUGAUGCCACACAGCGGGUCGGUUUACUACAAGCCCUCUUCGCCCCCGACACCCAGCACCCCUGGCUUCCAGGUGCAGCAUAGCCCGAUGUGGGACGAUCCAGGCUCCCUUCACAACUUCCACCAGAACUACGUGGCCACUACGCACAUGAUUGAGCAGAGGAAGACACCCGUCUCCCGCCUUUCACUCUUCUCCUUUAAGCAGUCGCCCCCGGGCACCCCUGUGUCUAGCUGCCAGAUGCGCUUCGACGGGCCUCUGCACGUCCCCAUGAACCCGGAGCCCGCGGGCAGCCACCACGUAGUGGAUGGGCAGACCUUCGCCGUGCCCAACCCCAUUCGCAAGCCAGCAUCCAUGGGCUUCCCGGGCCUGCAGAUCGGCCACGCAUCGCAGUUGCUUGACACGCAGGUGCCCUCGCCGCCGUCCCGGGGCUCUCCCUCCAAUGAGGGUCUGUGCGCUGUUUGCGGUGACAACGCGGCCUGUCAGCACUACGGUGUUCGCACUUGUGAGGGCUGCAAAGGUUUCUUUAAGCGCACGGUGCAAAAAAACGCGAAAUAUGUGUGUUUAGCAAAUAAAAACUGCCCAGUGGACAAGCGCCGCCGAAAUCGUUGUCAGUACUGUCGGUUUCAGAAGUGCCUGGCUGUUGGCAUGGUUAAAGAAGUGGUUCGCACGGACAGUUUAAAAGGCCGGAGAGGUCGUUUGCCCUCGAAGCCGAAGAGCCCACAGGAUCCCUCUCCCCCCUCACCUCCGGUGAGUCUGAUCAGUGCCCUCGUCAGAGCCCACGUUGACUCCAAUCCGGCAAUGACCAGCCUGGACUAUUCCAGGUUCCAGGCAAACCCUGACUAUCAGAUGAGUGGAGAUGAUACCCAACAUAUCCAGCAGUUCUACGAUCUCCUGACUGGCUCAAUGGAGAUCAUCAGAGGGUGGGCAGAGAAGAUCCCUGGCUUUGCUGACCUGCCCAAAACGGAUCAGGACCUGCUUUUUGAAUCAGCUUUCUUAGAAUUAUUUGUUCUGCGCUUAGCAUACAGGUCCAACCCAGUGGAGGGUAAACUCAUCUUUUGCAAUGGGGUGGUCUUGCACAGGUUGCAAUGCGUGCGUGGCUUUGGGGAAUGGAUUGAUUCCAUUGUUGAAUUCUCCUCCAACUUGCAGAAUAUGAACAUCGACAUUUCUGCCUUCUCCUGCAUUGCUGCCCUGGCUAUGGUCACAGAGAGACACGGGCUCAAGGAACCCAAGAGAGUGGAAGAGCUACAAAACAAAAUUGUAAAUUGUCUUAAAGACCAUGUGACUUUCAACAAUGGGGGCUUGAACCGACCCAACUACCUGUCUAAACUGUUGGGGAAGCUCCCAGAACUCCGUACCCUUUGCACACAGGGGCUCCAGCGCAUUUUCUACCUGAAAUUGGAAGACUUGGUACCACCACCAGCAAUAAUUGACAAACUUUUCCUGGACACCUUACCUUUCUAAGACCUUCUCCCAUGCACGUCAAAGAACUGGAAAGAAAAAAAAAAUCCAGAGGGGGCUGGUCACAUGGGCAGAGAGCUGGCUGAAGAGUCCAGUUCAUAUCAUCUCCCUUCUGUAGACUCCUAGCCCUCACCCCUAAAGUAAACAAACAAACAAACACAAAUAAAAACUGUCGCUAUUUCCUAACCUGCAGGCAGAACCUGAAAGGGCAUUUUGGCUCCGGGGCAUCCUGGAUUUAGAAAACGGACAACACACAGUACAGUGGUAUAAACUUUUUAUUAUCAGUUCAAAAUCAGUUUGUUGUUCAGAAGAAAGAUUGUAUGAUGGGAAAUGUUUGGCCAUGCUUGCUUGUUGCAGUUAAGACAAAUGUAAGACACACACACACACACACACACACACACACACACACCCCUUAAUGGGACCCUCCUAUUUUGCCCUUUAACAAGACUUCAAAGUUUUCUGCUGUAAAGAAAGCUGUAAUAUAUAGUAAAACUAAAUGUUGCGUGGGUGGCAUGAAUUGAAGGCAGAGGCUUGUAAAUUUAUCCAAUGCAGUUUGGCUUUUUAAAUUAUUUUGUGCCUAUUUAUGAAUAAAUAUUACAAAUUCUAAAAAGUAAGUGUGUUUGCAAAAAAGAAAAAAAAUAACUACAUAAAAAGGGGACAAGCAUGUGAUUCUAGGUUGAAGAUGUUAUAGGCACUUGCUGCUUCAGUAAUGUCUAUACUAUAUAAAUAGUAUUUCAGACACUAUGUAGUCUGUUAGAUUUUAUAAAGAUUGGUAGUUACCUGAGCUUAAACAUUUUCUCAAUUGUAUAAUAAGUGGGCACAAGUAUCAGUACAUUGGAAAAUCCUGACAAAAAGGGACACAUAGUGUUUGUAACACCGUCCAACAUUCCUUGUUUGUAAGUGUUGUAUGUACCGUUGAUGUUGAUAAAAGAAAGUUUAUAUCUUGAUUAUUUUGUUGUCUAAAGCUAAACAAAACUUGCAUGCAGCAGCUUUUGACUGUUUCCAGAGUGCUUAUAAUAUACAUAACUCCCUGGAAAUUACUGAGCACUUUGAAUUUUUUUUGUUUUUUUUAUGUCUAAAAUUGUCAGUUAAUAUAUUAUUUUAUGUUUGAGUAAGAAUUUUAAUAUUGCCAUAUUCUGUAGUAUUUUCUUUGUAUAUUUCUAGUACGGCACAUGAGAUGAGUCACUGCCUUUUUUUCUAUGGUGUACGACAGUUAGAGAUGCUGAUUUUUUUUUCUGAUAAAUUCUUUCUUUAAGAAAGACAAUUUUAAUGUUUACAACAAUAAACCACGUAAAUGAACAGAA